GAAGCGGAGUCUUUUCCGCUUUUACAAUAUGAACUGGAGUAGGGGCAGCAUCCUUGGCCAUGGCUCAUCGGCCACCGUCUCCCUGGCUGCCUCUCCCCACUGUGGAGAAGCCUUCUUCGCCGUCAAGUCUUCGGAGCUUUCUCGCUCAGGGUUGUUACAGAAAGAGCAGCGAAUUCUCUCUUCUCUGUCCUCUCCUUAUAUAGUUGGCUAUAAAGGGUGUGACAUCACAAAGGAGAACAGCAAGGUCUUCUACAAUCUUUUCAUGGAGUAUAUGCCUCUUGGCACGCUCAUUCAAGCAACUCGCGGGCAGGGUGCCCGCCUCGACGAGCGAAUGAUCGCGUACUACAUUAGGCAAGUUUUGCAGGGGAUGGAGUAUCUACAUUCAAAUGGGUUGGUACAUUGUGACAUUAAGGGUACCAAUAUCUUAGUCGGCCAAGACGGAGCCAAAAUUGCAGACUUUGGAUGUGCUAAGCUGGCGGCGGCGGCGGCGGCCCCGAUAAGUGGGACGCCGAUGUUUAUGGCGCCGGAGGUGGCUCGUGGCGAAGAACAGGGGUAUCCUUGCGACAUAUGGGCACUCGGGUGCACUAUGAUUGAAGUGGCUUCAGGGCAUUCCCCAUGGCCUAAUGUAGGAGACCCUGUUUCGAUUCUUUACCGCAUAGCAUAUUCCGGCGAGGUGCCGGAGAUUCCGUGUUUUCUAUCAGAGGAAGCAAAGGAUUUCUUGGGGAAGUGCUUAAGGAGGAAUCCAAAAGAGAGAUGGACGGCAAGUCAACUACUGAAGCAUCCAUUUGUUGCGGAAUUGAAUUCCAAUUCUAAGCAAAUCCACGAAUCUAAUUCAAGUUCGCCAACAAGUAUUCUGGAGCAAGGCUUUUGGAGUUCAGUGGAAGAAUCAGAGAGUGUGGGCAAUCUAGUCCAUAGUCAUACAAGUUUGGAAAAUUCGCCAGCCGUUAGAAUCAGACGGUUAGCUACGAGGUCAGGGGAACCCGAUUGGAUGGAAGACGACGAGAAUUGGAUCACAACGAUAGGGAAUGAAGGAGGAGUUGAAGCAUCAACUAGCAAUAAUUUGGAAGAGUCAGAGAAAAGCAAUGUUAGCAGUAGAAUUAGUGAUUGUUUUUGGGAUGAUUACGGACGUAGGGAUGUUAGUAUUGUAACAAGUAGUACCAUUUUCGCGAGAGGCAUAGAUAAAGUGCCACUCCAUGUAGUAUCAAACUUUUUAUAAUUCAAUUCAACGAUUCAAUACUCU